AUGGUAGCGCGAGGGAGUCAGAGCAGCAGCUUAUUUGCUUGGCUUCGUCAUGCAUCUUCAAUUACUGGGGGCUGCCACAACGUCGUAGACGAAGAGCCCAGGGGCUCGCGAGCACCAAUGCCUGGUAAAAAAGAGCAGGCCAGUGAGGAUGGCCGUGAACUGCACCAGCGGCGGCGUGUCCUAGCUGAUCCCAGAUAUUCGGAUUGUAUGUCAGGGAAGUCUACGUCGGAUGGGGACAGUUCCAGGGGUUCCGGUCACCCUCGACUUGCUGUGGCGGACGCUGAUGCGCAUACUGAAGCCUAUGCCAACUCAGUGUACUGCAAGCAUGCGGAGGAGUUUCCAGAAAAGUUCCGGGCUGACAUUGACUACAGUAUUCAGGAGAACCCGAGGCAAGUCUUAUGCAGUCUUGCCAUUCUUCUGACGCUCGUGAUUCUGGCCAGUGGACCAAACUGGUUCUGGAAGUCUGACGGGGGUUACAGACUGUUUGAACAAUCAUUUGAUGAUCUGGGCGAACACAGGAAGCAUGAGCUCAGAUUUUGUGCCCUUCAGGCCAUAGUGUGCUUGGCAGUGGCUAUAUCAGGAUACUGCUUCUUGGAGAGCAGAGACGGUCUGCUUGUCCGGCCCCACCCGGGCUUUUGGCGGCUUGUUCACGGCUUAUGCUUGCUAUACUUUCUUUUUCUCGUCUGUCUUCUGGCCAUUAACCGGGAUGAUGGUCGGUUUCUGCUUCGUUUGCUGGUUCCUGGAUUUGGCACGAGGAAGCAGAAUAUCUUCUCUGGAACGUUGGUGCUGGAUUGCUCUUUAAGCGCUAGCACACUUAAGCGGCAGCUAACUUCUGUGUGGUUUAUCAGUCAUGUUAUUGGGUGGUUUUUGAAAAUGUGUAUUUUCCGCAGCUGGAUGUUCAAUUUGACAUUUUCAAUCCUCUUUGAGUUCUGCGAGAUGUCUUUACAGUGGCUUAUUCCAGAGUUCCAAGAAUGCUGGUGGGACAGCAUAUUUAUCGAUGCCAUAUUUUCUAAUCUUAUGGGUAUGUUAUUCGGCUGCGUAGUGAUGCGCUGGUGUGGGAAACGGCAUUUCGAUUGGUUGGGGGCCUACCCGCGGUAUCAGAAGAUCAUGCUAAAAUUCACCCCCUUUUCAAGCUGUGAGUACGAAUGGUCAUUCUUUCGGACGGUGCGGCACCUCUUCAUGACCAGUAUUCUAUUGUUUUUAUCCCUUCUGGCUGAAGUGAAUGUUUUCCUCCUCAUGACAGUCUUGGACAUACCUGCGGCACACUGGAUCAACCCGGCACGACUUGGGCUUCUAGGGCUCCUUGCUUUCCCUGCAGUCGCAGAGUUCGAUGCGCAGCUUCACUUCAAAUACGACCGCAUAGGUGGUAACGUAUUCCUGUUCGUCAUGAUCUUGACGGUGGAACUGCUGGUCGGUAUUAAGUACGGGGUGGAUCGGUACUUUUCCAGUUCACCUGGUGCGGAUGUUGUUCUUCCCUGGAUCUUGGCAGGGCUCUUUUUCGGGGCUUGGUGCUGCUGCUACUUCGCACAAAUUUCCAAAGAAGGGCGCAAGGACAGUGUAGUACGAAAUGAAGCAAAUUCGCAACGACGGACGUUGCGAGAUACAGCAGGCGCAGUUUUGCUCAAGAUACCUCCACAAGCAUGCUUCCUGCCACUACUGUACCUCGCAAAGCACUACUACUACGGACCGUCAACUUGA